CUUUUACAGUCGGAAUCGGCGCCUGCGCAACCGAUACGUCACUCUAAACAGCCUUUACUUAUGCGUCUGCGCGGUGCAGCCAUUUCUUACAUUUCCUGAGAGAAAGCGAGAUGAGGUCGCUGUUUGUGUUGGCUGUGCUGGUGCUGUUGUCUGCAGCUCGUGGAGAGGAAGGGGCGCGUCUGCUGGCCUCCAAGUCUCUGCUGAACCGCUAUGCUGUGGAGGGGAGGGACCUCACGCUGCAGUACAACAUCUACAACGUGGGCUCCAGCGCUGGUCUGGAAGUCGAGCUGUCUGAUGAUUCCUUCCCCCCGGAAGAUUUCGGGAUUGUCUCCGGAAUGCUGAAUGUGAAAUGGGACCGGAUUGCUCCAGCCAGCAACGUGUCCCACACUGUGGUGCUGAGGCCGCUGAAGGCAGGCUACUUCAACUUCACCUCGGCCACCAUCACAUACCUGGCGCAGGAGGGAGGCCAGGUCGUGGUGGGGUACACCAGCGCCCCGGGACAGGGUGGGAUCCUGGCUCAGAGGGAGUUUGACAGGAGAUUCUCUCCUCAUUAUCUUGAUUGGGCUGCCUUUGGAGUCAUGACCCUGCCUUCCAUCGGGAUCCCCCUCCUUCUCUGGUACUCCAGCAAGAGGAAGUACGACACCCCCAAACCCAAGAAAAACUGAGCCCCCAGACCCCCUUCCCCUCCAAGCAUCCAAACUAAACCUGCAACCCACAGCCCCUGAGCAGAAAAUUACAAGCCAGAGACUCCGGGGCUGCAACAUGAAUUCUUCCAAGUGCAGGGAUGGAGAUGAGACUCCUAUUGCACAGCAGUUUCACCCAUUCCAGGUUUUACUACAAACUUAAUUAGCCCCAGUGUUGGUAACAAGCUCAUAGUAAAACCAAUAUGAAAUCUAAACGCAGCCUGAUUAGGAUUCCCCUGGUAUUUAUCACUUCAUUUCUGGUUAGGGCAGGGAGUGGAUGGGGAUGAUGUAGUUUUUUGUCUGGUACCUUUUUCCCCACUCCCUGUAAAAUGCACCAUGAUCUCGUGUGAGUGUCGAUCGCUGUGUUUCAGAGCAUUGCUUAGAUCAGUGGUGCGCAGCCCCCGGAGAUCCAGGCCAGUCACCGCCUGAGUUAGUGAGUCGACCCUCAGCAGCUGGGGUUGAGGGUCCAUCCGCAGCACACGCGAUGAAAUGUUUUCUUAAAAAUCCACUUCAAAUCAGACAUUAAUUUCUUGUAUCACUUAAGGGAGUCAAACCCGCUGUUAGUCUUUGCCAA